AUGGCAGCGGAGCCAUCGUGGAGACCCACAAUCAAGUCGACCGCUGGGUGUGAGACUAACGAGCAGGGGGUGCCGACCUGGAGUGGAGAUCCACUAACUUUUGAGAGUUAUGAGAAUGCUGUUCUGUGGUACCGACCUGGCUUGAAGGAGGAUGAGAGGAAUCUCACCGUGGCUCGUCUAUGGACUGCGCUACGGGGUGCUGCGAAAGAGGCCGUGAAAGAUAUGAGACCGAACGAUUUCGUGGCAGGAGGUGUCGAAGCGUUGCUCAAGCACCUGAGAGAAGGUCCUCUAGGUAAGAUGCCGAUUCCAGACGCGUACCAGAAGAUCCGCAACUACGAUCAAGUGGUUCGCCGACCCGGUGAGGUGAUUGGCGAGUUUGUGAUCAGAGGGGACAACCUGUUCAGAGACAUGCGGUCGGCCUUGAAGCGACUAAGAUCAGACCGACUGCGACGAGAAGCGGCUCAGGCGAAUACGAUAAUUGGGCGAACAGCUACAUCUACGGUCAAGGAGCCGACUGUCGAGGAGUUCGAAGAGGCCGAGGAGGUCGAGGAAGACGCCGAGGCUGCAGAUGCGACGGAGAAGAAGUCGGUGAUAUCGGCCAAGUCAGGAGUUUCCGUGGCCAGGUCCGAGACCGACGCGAGUUUCUUCGCGGCAGAGCUCCGUGGGUACAGGCUCCUCCACAACGCAACAGCAGUGACAUGGGCACCGGAUAUGACUACGUAUGCGACGGAUGACGACUCGUACUUGGACGAGCAGGUGAAUGCCGCCGAGGUUCUUGCCACCGAGGCGAAUCGGAUUUUUUCCGAGGCCAGGAAUGCGGUGGCAGAGGCGAGGAAGAACAGAGGGUUCUUUCCGCAGAAGGGCUCUGGCAAGGACGGCAAGAAGGGCGGCUACCAAGUAAAGGGAUCAUCGGCAGGACCGACAGGACGAGGUUGCCUGAUCUGUGGUCGAUCAGACCACUACUGGAGGCAGUGUCCCGACCGAUACUCCAGCAAGGGUAAGAGCUUCGCCAAGGGCGGAUCCAAGGGCAAGAGCAAGAAGGGUAAGGUGCACUACAUCGGAGGCAUCUUCUGCAUGGACAUGAUCCUGUCUCUUUCGUGCCCGUCGUCAACGGAGUUUGUCCUUGACUGCGGAGCUGCGACAACAGCUGGAGGAGGUGACGCCGUCGAGAAGUUGGUUUCAGCGGUCACCGAGAAGUUCCCAGAUGCGAAGAUCGAGGUGGAUGCAUCCGACAGGCCCUGGUUCAAGUUUGCGAAUGGCCAGUGGGGCCAGGCGCUGUCUAGGGUAUGGCUCUUCGCGCCCAUCGGCCGGCUGGGCAUCUACCUGCUCGACGCUGAUGAGGUGCCAGUGCUCGCAGGGGUGGACUGGCUGGACCAGCACGACGUCUCCUUUCGGAGGAACGAGCUGGAGAUCUACCUCAGCGACGACAAGACCACGAAGGUUCAGCUCCGGAAGGGCAAGGGCGGCCACCGUUUGUUGGACGUCUUGAGUUCGGGGACCCGCACCGUGUCGAGCAACACCAACAACCGCUUCGGAGUGUGGCUGACGUGCGAGACGUGUGCUUUCAGGCUGGACUACGCUCCGAAGAAAGGGUGCAGCGGCAAGUACCGCAAGGAGCCGAAGAUGGCCCUGGUCACGGUGGCCCUUCGGCGACUACAGGAGUCGGGCGACGCGCCGACGGCCGCGAGGGUCGAGGGGCACAUGAAGGCCAUCGAGGCGGAGCGCAUCAUCGAGACGGGGCACUACAUCAGGAGCGACCCGAACAAGGAGGGCUACUGGACAGCCCGCACGACAAAAACCGAGGGCGUCAAGCUCGAGAUCAAGACCGAUCCAGGGAGACUGCCGACGGCAACCAGACCAACUACCGGAGUGCCGACUGCGGUGCGUACCGUGCGCGCGGUCGGAGCGGACCCAAGCUCUGCGGCAUCGGAUUCAACACCCCGCAGCAGCACGUGGGAUGUGGUCUCGGGUGCCGCGGCGGACCCGGACGAGACGCCCACGCUCGCGACCAAGCAGAAGAACCUCCUCAUCAAGUGGGCCGUCCUGACACGGGGAGUCAGGCGCCUGGGGCUGAAGCCGGAGGUGAAGCAGGAGGAUUUCGCGGCGAUGCCGGUGCCGGGAGACAUGGGGGAUGUCCUCAUGAACGGCAUGACGGCGCUGAGCAUGCUCGUGAAUGGACUGAUGCUGGGCCUUGUGCAGACAGGCUCGGCAAUGCGAGUAGACUUUGCUGAAGUCGCGUGUUCUCCAACUUCGAGGCUGACAGCCGGUCUGUUGAAUGAAGGUUUCCACUGUCAGCGCAUCAACCUGGAGCAGGGCUACGACCUCAACAAGAAGGACGACACCAGUCGUGCCAAGGGAUGGUUAUAG